GGAGCCUGCCUCGCUGGGCGCUGCUUUGACUUUCCCCGCAGGCUCCGGCCAAGCCGCACUGCUGCUCCCGCUCCCCUCCGGACCAUGCCGUCCUCCCCGCUCAAGGCGCCCUCUCGGCCAUGGAGCUGCGGGACUUGGCCAGCCGGGGCUGCGCCUUGAGCGCCCUCCUUCUUCCCCUCCCGGAGCCUUCCCAUUGUCCCCCCACGCGCUCCACGACCGGCACCACCCCCAGCAGCAUGUGAAGCCCCCAGCACCAUGCCAGCAACGCGCUCGGGUCUGCUCCAUCAGUUCCUCCUCCUCCUCUUCUUCCUCUUGCUCCUGGCGCCUCUCUCCGUGGGCUCUCUCCCCUCCAGCGCCUCGGGGCUGGCUCCCACCGGCCAGGAGAAGGAGGAGGAGGAGAGCCCGGCCACCGAGGGACGCCGCACCGAGGGACACCCGGCCAUGAUGGAGAGGCAAAAGGUAGUGGAAAUAGCAGACACUGAAACAAGGACUUCCAGUUUUCAUACACAUAAUGCAGAUACCUUUCUUGCCCUUGGCAGUGCUGAAGGAAGGACAUUGAGGACAAUAGGCAACAGUGCUCCUGCUUCUAUAGCUGUAACAGGAAGCUUCACAUCUCAUACUGAAAUGAUUAGAUCUGGUCAUUUAACCCACCAUUCAUCUCCAGUGAUGCGAAUCAGGAGAACUGAGGAGGCCUUACAGAGUACUGUGGAUACUGCUAAGUUUGAAACCGUGACUUUGAAGAUAACUUCUCCCGAGACACCAAUUGCUUCAUUUUCAGAAGUUAAUCAUCCAGCUACUGGCAGCAGCAGCCACCAUACAGACAGGCACUGGGAAGCAGACAGCAGUACAUCUGGUUUGCAGAGCAAAAGUAGAAACAGUUCAUCUACAAUCAACCGAGAUACAGAAAGACUGUCCCUGUUUCUUACAGAGAGCAUCACAGUAGUUGAUCCGGUUUCUCAGAGGGAGAUCACUGACUCUCCUGUUCAAACCCAGUUCCCAUCUCAUGCAACACAUUCAAGAGGAAGAAAUAGCACAAGGGAUGUCACACAGCUUGCUGAGACGUCAGAGUGGACAGUACUUAACCAUCCUCACAUUCCCCCAAAUACAAGUGAUGGUGACAGUGGAUCUCUAAAGAGCAGUUCAGUUACAGAGAGGGUUGUUUCCAUAUCUGACAACGAUAGCAGGGCUGGUUCAGUUCUUUUUGAAAGACCUGGAGAAAGAACUUUGCGAACUCCAAGAGACAUCAGCAGUUCUCAGAAUGCAACACAGAUAUCCACAACUACUAACAGCCUUUUACAGUCCAGUCAGAUGGACUUAUCAACAGGAGAUACUGAUUUUACUGAAGUGCUAGUUGCAAAUAGCCAGGCUCCUUUAGAAACAACAGCUGCUGAAGACCAUGUUCUUAUAAGAAGCACUUCAUACACAGCUGGAAGCCUUUCCAGUUCUCACGUGGACAAUGUUUCUGCUCCAAGUCUGUCGGAGAGAGGCAGAGAGGCUAUGUUACAAACUCUAAUUGAUAUUAGUAGUUCUCAUACUACAAAAGAAACAUCUAUAGCCACUGGAGAUGAAAUCUCCACCUCUUCAGGCCUUCCAAAUUCUUCUUAUGCUUUGACUCCAGUACAGAGCAGAGGAUCAGACUUGUCAUUUGAAGAUAAUGAUUUAACUGCGGAAGCUGCAACAUUUUCUCAGGUUACUUCAGAAACAACAGCUGAUGAAGAUAAUGGCCAACAAAACAGCAGCUUAAAUAUAGAUGGAAGUGUUUACACUUCUCACACAGAGAGAACAUCUGUUCCAGGUUUGUUUGACAGAGAUGGAAAAAGGACAUUAAAAACUCCAGGAGACACCAGCAGUUCUCAGGGUGCAACACAAAUAUCCACAAAGUUGAGCAAUGAAAUCUCCACUUCUUCAGGCUCCCCUGAUUCUUAUUCUAUACUAAAUCCAGUUCAGACCAGUCAAAUAUAUUUGUUACCAGGAGGCACUGAUUUUACUGAAGUGAUAUUUACAGAAACUCAAACUUCUUCAGAAAAUACAGCUGAAGAACACGGUAAUCUGCUAUGGAGCAGCUCAAACACAGAGAGAGGCUUUUCCAAUUCUCACACAGAGAGUGCAUCUCUUCCAGGUCUGUUUGAAAAAGGUGGAUGGAGGACAUUACGAACAUUAAGAGAUGUCAGUAGUUCUCACCAUGCGACACAAAUGUCCGCAACCACUAGUGAUAAAAUUUCCAGCUCUUCAAGCCUACCUGAUUCUUCAUAUGCUUUGACUUUGGUGCAGACGAGACAAAUGGAUUUGUCACCAAGAGACACAGAUUUCACAGAGAAAGCAGUUACACUUUAUCAGGAUCUCUCAGAAACAACAGCUAUUGAAGACACUAGUCUGCUGAACAGCAGCUCAAACACAGAGGGAGAUGUUUUGAUUUCUCACAUGAACAUCACAUCUGUCCUGGACCUAUCUAGCAGUGGUGAAGAGAGGACACUGGAAACAAUAACAGAUGCCAGCAGUUCCCAUAAAUUGUCACAAAUGUCCACAACCUCUGGCAGGGAAAUCUCCAGCUCCAUGGGGCAAACUGAUUUUUCCACUGUGUUGACUCCGGUAGAGACCAAAGGAAUGGAUUCGUUGCCUGAGGAAAUGGAUUUCACUGAAGCCACGGUUCGACAUUCUCCUUCUUCUCCAGAAGUAACAGAUGCCAGGGACCACCAGCAUCCCUCUGGCCACUUCAGUGCAGAAAAGGUGGCAACUCAAACCAUGAGUGUGUCUUCUGCUGCCAGCCUUGCCAGAAGUGGAGAAGGGACAGUAGAAAUGCUCACCAAAUGGACCGAAUCUACAGAUACAACUAAUCUCUCAGCUACACAUUUGGAAAAUGUCAGUUCAUCAGUUUUAACCCAGACCUCAUCUGCUACAGUGCAAGAUGGAAAGGAAAGCUCCCUGUUUACAGGGAGAGAUUUCACUGAAUCUUUAAGAGAUUUCACUGAAUCUUUAAGAGAAUCUUUAUUUACACAUUCUUCCAACGCCUCUUCAUAUUUAUUUUCUACAACAGAUCUUUCAAGCACUAGAAACAAUAUUCUGACCGAUCAAGGAACAGAUGAAGAAAGAAGGCUUCCCAGUGUUUCUACAGCUAGUGGAUACCUUUCUCCCACAUCCACACAUAGUGGAGAAAGGACCUUGAGAUCUCUGCCAGAUAACAGCACUUCUCCAGAUGAUGUAGAUAUAAGCAUGUAUGAUACCAAAACUUUUAAUUCUUCACAUCCAUUCUUGACAUUAGCAUCUGUGGCAGAGACGGAAAGAUACAACGUCUCAUUAAGUGAAGCGGAAUCCACUGCAGCUUCUACAGAGAGCUCACUUGAACAUUCCUCCUCAAUUCCAAUGUAUUCAUCUCCACCACAGGAUUCCUCAACUAUUGGAAGUGGUCAACCUUCAGUGAGUGACUCGGGCCUUUCACAUUCUUAUACUGAGAGCACCUACACUUCAGCAUUGUUCAUCAAAGGAGAAGAGGAAACUAUGCAAACCAGCAUGAACACUACAAUUGCUCAAGUGACUGAAAGCAUCUCAUAUACUGAAAAGCCAAACAGCUCAGAACUGAACCCUUCCUCGCCAGAUAUUGGAUCUAUAAGAACUGACUUCUCAUCAGCAGAUUUUGGUACCUCUGGACCUUCAACUGAGACUUCUCAAAGUGUCCGCCCAUCAAGGAUACCAACGUCUUCUUCCUUCCAAAGUGAAUCUUCAGACACUGGAACAGGCUACCAGCCAAUUAGUAGUACUGACACUGGCAAACAAACCUCUGUUUCUCAUACUGACAGCACAUACAUCUCAACCACCUUCACCAGGGGUGGAGAAAGGACAUUGCUCUCUAUUUCACACAACAGCACCUCAUCAGCUGACUCAUUAAACCGUUCCACUUUUUACACAGAAACUUCCAGCCCUUCAGAAUCUCUUCAGUCCUCAUUUCCUGUGAACCAGAGCAAAGGAAAUAGCAUAUCCUCCGGUGACAUGGAUUUCCCUGAACCAUCAACAGAGCCUUUGGCUGCACAUGCCCCACAAACAUCAGGGUACUCUUCUACAGUGAGUGAGCCACACACAAACCAGUUGUAUUCAACACCUUCAUUUGCUAGCAUCAUGUCAUUUACCACUUCCUCACCAACAUCAUUAAAAGAGGAUUCACAUUCUCCUACUCAGCCACCAAUACUGUUGGCUUCACCAGAUCCUUCUCUCUCAUCAUCUUCCUCUGCUUUCCCAUUGCCAUUUUCAGCAACCCCUGAAACACCUUUAAUAACAUUUUCACAUAGGCUGUCAUCAACUGUAUUGACCCCAUUGCCAUCCCAACUGCCUUCAGUUGCUUCGUCGCCUUCAUUGCCACAAUCUAGUGGAGGUCUUGAAACAAGUGUCCCUAUGGCUACAUCUGAAGAAACAACUGGAAUAGACUCCCGUACAUCUGGAAGUUUCCUCACUAAGUAUCACAAUCAAACUGGGACAGAUCCUCCAAAGGAUAGUAAAAUAUUACAGUCAACAGAACUUUCUCCUCUUCUGACCGAAACUACUGAACAUUUUUUGCCAGUGACAGUCUCCUUAGAGGAAAGUGAGGGCAGCAAAGGACAAAACACUUCUAUCCCUGGGACCAGUGUUGGAAAGACCCUUCCCAUAUUAACUACCUCUCCCACAUAUUUGCCAGGAAGUACCACAAGUUAUGAAGCUGACAAAGCAACAGCUCCUCCCUUGCCAAGAGCAACUACGCAAAAGGUGGAGAUAACCACAGGGAAGAAACUUAUAACAUAUACAACAUUAAUAUUGCCUACUUUGUCAUCAAGCACAGAUGCUUUGACCACUGCAGAGCCUCGCAAAGUCCUGCCAUUUUCUACAACCAAGGUAUCACACACCUCUGAAAUGUCAACAGAAGGGACAGAAAAGACCAGUGUAACCACUACUAAAGAGCACACGAUUGCCACUACUCAGCCGCCCAUCCUGACUACUUCUAGCAAAACUACUGCAGAGACUUUUACUUUUUCUUCAGUUUCUACCAAAGCAACUACAGUUGCUCGGUCAAGAAGCCCAAAGACAUUCCCAACUUCUCAUGGAAAAGCCAAUGUGUGUACUGCUGGUACGUGUCUAAAUAAUGGAAAGUGUGUAUUGGACAGUUUGACAGGCAAAUUCCAAUGCCAGUGUUUACCUGGUUGGCAAGGAGAAGACUGCAGUAUAGAUGUAGAUGAGUGUCUGUCUAAUCCGUGCCCAGCAUCAGCCGCAUGUGUUAACACACAAGGUUCGUUCAAAUGCACUUGUCUCCUGGGUUACCAGAUGGAAAAAGGAAAGUGCAAUUUAGUGAGAACAUUUGUUGGUCAGUCUCCGUUGACAUUUAACACUACUGGAGGGAAGUAUUCAGAGCUUCAUCAAGUUGAAGAAGAUAUCAUGAACAUGUUGAAUGCUUCCCUUUCAACACUUCCUGGCUAUUACACCUCAAAUGUCAAGGCAUCAAGGCAGGCAGGUACCAUCCAAGUAUCCGUCCUGAGCACAUUUUCCUUAGUCUCUAAUGUCACCCUUUAUGACAUCGUCACCGUCAUGAGAAGCCAUAUUCGAGCCUGCAAAGCUCCUGCAGAAACUUGCCAGUUUCUCUCCAGCCUUACACUACUUCACAGAGCUGGCGGCCUGUGUAAACACAAAGAUCCGGAAUGUGACAAAGAAACUUCUGUUUGUGUGGACUUGGAUGGCAUUGCUGCCUGCCGAUGCAGGCCUGGGUACUUCAAAUACAACAAGCUGGAUCACUCAUGCCGAGCUUGUGAAGAUGGGUAUAAACUUGAAAAUGACACCUGUGUAAGUUGUCCUUUUGGUUUAGGGGGAUUCAACUGUGCGAAUCCAUACCAGUUAAUCACCAUUGUGAUUGCAGCUGCUGGCGGGGGACUUCUUCUGGUCAUGGGGAUCGCUCUCAUAGUCACCUGCUGCCAGAAGAAUAAAAAUGACAUAAGUAAACUCAUCUUUAAAAGUGGAGACUUCCAAAUGUCACCUUAUGCUGAAUAUCCGAAAAACCCAAGAGUUCAGGAAUGGGGACGAGAAACCAUUGAAAUGCAGGAGAAUGGGAGCACUAAAAACCUACUGCAGAUGACAGAUGUUUACUAUAUGCCCACCAGUCUAAGGAAUCCUGAGCUAGAAAGAAAUGGCGUCUAUCCACCCUACACAGGUCUUCCAGGGUCCCGACACUCAUGCAUCUAUCCUGGGCAAUACAACCCUUCCUUCAUUUGUGAUGACAGCAGAAGAAGAGACUAUUUCUAAUGACAUUUCAGGAAGUCAACUGGCAACGUGGGCAUUAACAUGCCACUUGUUUUCUGUGCACACUGUCACCAGCUGAAAUGUCACAGUUGCAUACAGAAAGGGGACUUUGUACUUUGAGGUAAUACAGAGCAGAGGUUCCUGAAAGAAGCCAUUUCUAGCUGCUGUUGAACAGCAGACAACAAGGGAAUGGUGAACCACAAGCCAGUUGGGUUACAGAUCUAUUGAAGAUGUGAACAAGAAACGUAGUGUGUGCAUUCUGAGUGUUUUCCUCACCACUAACUGUGUCACAUAAUGUGAAUUGGAUAAUUAGGUCACUAAAGGAAAACUAACAAACACUGUGGAUGACACUAUAAAACUGAUGCCACUAGGGUGUGUUGUGUUUACAGAUAAUAUGCAGUGUUGUGUUUUUAUUGCCCAUCUUUUAUGAAAAGCUGCCUCAAAUGAAUUUCGUAGGAAGAACCCUUUCCUUAACCCCAGAUAUCUAUUAGUAGACACUAGGGAGAUACUCACCCAAUAGAAGUCAUGUGCCCUGGAAUGUGGCCAAGAGUUGGGCCAUCUUUGUGGAAUCUCAAGGUCCUCUUUUAUCAUAAGUGUCCUAUUCCUUCUUCAUGACUUGUCUUGUCCCUCAGUUAUGUUCUAAGGGCGUAGCAAUAUCGCUUACCUCUGUUUUCCUUCACACGUUCUCGUCCAGGCAUUUCCAUAUCUAGGUUGUUGUAGGUUUUUCGGGCUAUAUGGCCAUGUUCUAGAAGCAUUCUCUCCUGACGUUUUGUCUGCAUCUAUGGCAGGCAUUCUCAGAGGUUGUGAGGCAGGCAUCCUCAGAGGUUGUGAAGACCUCACAACCUCUGAGGAUGCCUGCCAUAGAUGCAGGCGAAA